AUGAAGUCUCCGAUCGAAAAUCAGAAACAAUUGUUUGCCACAUCAAAUUUAGAAGCAGAGCGGUUCAUUGUCAAUACUCCAACACAAAAUAUGGUGAACAAUUCAUCUUUAAUCGGUGUAAAAAAUGAGCCCGUAAUACCGACAUAUGAUACACACAUCGCAGAAAAAUGCAUGGAAAUAGCUGAUUCAUCAUCAACACAUAAAAUAGUUGAACAGCAACAACAAAUACAAACGGAUGAACCAAUCCAGACAGAGAACUGUGACGAAAUGAAUGAUGCGUCGUUUUCCGCAGGUGAACGAUCUGCUGCCGUUGAUGAGGAUGAGGAUGAUGAUGUAGUUCCACCAAAUGAGAGUUUUAUUAAUUUUAUUAGUACUACAGCAAUAAGCAAGUCUUUAAAGGAUCCGUUGAAUUCGUCAUUGGCACAGUUUAUUACAGAAGAAAGAAGCAUUUUAGAUGAAGAAACAUUAAUGGAUGAUAUUCAAGAUUUAUUGCAAACAAUGUUAUCAACUAUGGAAAUACCUGAUGAUCACGCAAUUUAUAUAACUAGUAGUCCUACCACUCACAAUCUACCUGAUGGGGGUAGCAGCAUAUUGCAAUCAAGUAUCAACAAUUUAACAGCAGCAGAAAUGAAGUUUUCGAAUGUGGCGGAAGAAAAAACUGAUUUAAUGGACUCGAAUGAUUAUGCUGAAGUUAGCGAUGUACCUGUUUUUAUGCAUAAAAGUACCAUUGUACUUGAUCAAUCUUUAACUGAUGAUGAAAAUGAUCGAAUUUGUGAAAUGAAUGCUACAUUAGAAAAUUUGGUGCAUGAAAUGCAAUCAAGAUCGCUAAUAGAAUAUGAUGAAACAGAUAACGAUGUUGAUAUUAAUAUUCGUACUAACCAUAACCAACAACAACAACAAACAUCAUCUCAAAUUGAGAAAUUUAUUAAUCGUAGCCAACAAAUUAAUUAUUAUGAUGAAAAUAACAAUGACGAAGAUAUUGUUGCUGCGGCACAUUUACUACUUACAUUAUCAAAACCACAAAAAAGAAACAACAACACAGUUCUCGAAUUACCACCAUGCGUUUAUGAUAAAACAUUAUCCGAUUCAUUAUAUGCAUCACUAGAAACAAUGUUCAGUAAUGAUACUGGUUUAUCACAAUCAAUUUAUACAACAAUGAAUCAGAAUAUAUUGGAUCGUUUAGGAAAAAGUAAAACAUGUAGUAGUGAUGAUGAUGGUGAUGAUGAUAGUGAGGAGGAAGAGGACAACGAUUUGUAUGGUACAGCAUGUUCAGAACAAACAAAUGAUGGAGUAGCAACAACAACUACUACAAGUAGUACAAGUAGUUUGCCAUUCCAAGACUUUGUUGAUAUUGAAAAGACAGCAACAAUUGAUCAUGAAGUGGCAAAUACACAUAUCCAUGACGAUUCUAAAUCAACUAAUAGUGAAAUGAGUGAAAUGAACACAAUCGAAGAGGAACACUUUGGUAUUGAUGCACAAAUGAUCAAAGAUACAUUGACCAAUUUCUUAAAAUAUGAGAGAAAUGUAGUAUUACCAAUAGUAAUAAGAACAGAUGACAGCAUUACUAAUAAUAACAAUGUCAGCAAUUCGGCACAAGCAAAUUUCAAUGAUGACGAAACGGUUGCGACAAUAAAAGUUCAGUCUCAUUGGCGUGGUUAUAAAAUUCGUCAACGAAAUGAAAUUGAACAACAUCAAAUUGUUAAAAUACUCGAUAAAAUUCGCUCUCGUUCACGUUCACAAUCAGCUUCACUUUCAACGCAAAAGUCAUUGCGUGAUCGUACAAUGGAUAUUGUUAAUGCUUACAAUAAUUCCGAUACACCAUGUAAUAUUUUAACUGUUUUACGUUUAUUGAAUGAUAUUGAACCGAUUAUUAGUGUUUGUAUUGAAAUACGAUUUUUAAUUGCACAACAAGGAUUAUUACAUUUAUUUUAUCUAUUUUUACGUUUCUGUAAUCGGAGUGAACCAUCAGCUGCUUUAUUAACAAAAAUAUUAUCGGUAUUAAAAUAUUUUACGGUUAAUAAAGAUUUGGUGAUGACAUUGAUUAACAAAAUCGAUUACAUUAAUCAUUACCGGACAUUGUUAUUAAAAUACUAUGCAGCAGAUAAUAUGGUGUUUGAUCAAAUCUGUGAUUUGCUUAUGGCUAUUAUUAAACAUGAUAACGCGCGACAAAUUCUUUCCAAUUCUCAAAUGUUCAAUCAAACAAUUGAAUAUGUUUAUAAAAAGUUAUAUAAAAGAGCUGAAUUAGAAAAGCAAAAACAAAAACAAAAACAACAACAACGUUCAACACCCAAAACACCACGUAUUAGUUGUUCAAUGAAUAUGAGUAUGAAUUCAAUGUUUUUGACACCAAUACGGAAGAUAACGGUGAUUACGGUAGCUCAAAAAAAUUUAAAAAAAUAUGAAACAUUUUUACGUUCGUUUUAUGCGCAUAAAUAA